AUGCAAGCCGACACCUCCCAUACUCUUGAGAACAUCAACCGUCGAACCUCUUCAUCUACUGUAUCCACAUUGCUUGGCCUUCAAAAGCACGGGUUAUUUGACGUACGGUCCUUGGAUUGGAUCAAGCGAUUGGAUAUCCUGUACCCCAGUGCUUUGAACCAAAGUCGUAAACGGCGCUGGGAUGGUGGCAGAGUAGCGAACAACUCUGGAAAGAAAUUGCUCAGGAGAACAAAUGUCAAUUCAUGUCGGAACAGGAAAUAUAUUGCUCUAUCUUAUACCUGGACGCCCCCCGCGAACCAGCCUAUCUCUUGUGGGGCUUAUCUGGUACAAUCGCGGAAUGGGAACUUUUGUAGCAGCCAUGUCAGAGAUCAGGUGCUUGACAGGGUCAUCGCAUUUUUCAAUUACUGGAAGGCUACGCAAUUCCACGUUCAGGGCUUCUGGAUCGAUCAGGAAUGCAUUGAUCAAAAUAACGACGCGGAAAAGCAGUGUGCCAUCCAAUCCAUGGAGCGUGUGUACAGUUACAGUGCCUGCUCAGUGGCGUUGCUGUCGGUACGGAUAGAAUCGAGGAGCCAUUUAAGGAGCUUGAUAUAUAUCCUUAAGAGAGACAAUCCACCGAGGGGCCAGGAAGAAUGCCAGAUCCCCAGCAUUCUCGACCUUCUAGGAUACAUCACAUCUGAUCCGUGGUGGGAAAGAGGCUGGACAUUUCAGGAAGACUACUGCGCGUCAACAAAGAUGAAACUUCUAAUUCCUCACUCGCCCUCUCUGACGGAUCUCAAAGAGGAAAACACUGACUUAUUGGACGAUUUGGAGGGAGAGCUUUGCAUCCCAUCGGCCGACUUUCGCUCUCAGGCCACCGAGUUUUGCAUGGAGUAUCGAGAGAACCCACAAUUUAAGACCGAGUGCGAUAAAAUCUUACAGAGGGCUGGGAAAUACAAUGUUCAGCUGCUUGAGCCCGAUAAUGAGGGAAACGCGACGAUCAGGAGAUCCAUGUCUCCAAUGGUAUUCUCGAAUGUUGGAAAGCGAAAGAUUGCCGUUGAAUCGGACCGUCUAGCAGUGAUCGCCAACUGUUUAGGUUACCCUGUCCGAUUGGAUACCAAAAAGGUGGAAGGUAGGAAAUACAGCCUGAGCAUUGCGAUGCUGGCUCUAUUCUUACUGAACGGGGAAAUCCUCAUGAACAGCCCGGGUAACUCCCGACGCGCCCUUAGAAGCGGGAUAUUCGAUUACUUGAGGGACCAGUCUCUUCGCACGUUUCAGCCACCCGAUAUCCAUCAAAAACUUACAUUCAUUAAACGCUGUCGUUUCCCCGUCGUCAAGUUGUCUGAAGAAGGGAUUCUCACGUCCGGUCACCUCUGGAAGUUGGGCAAAAUAGUUGAGGAUGCGAGGGCGCCGCGACCAUCACGUGGCGCCGAUCAUAAAUUGAAUUACUACCAAAGAAAGCGUUUAGAUCAGCUCGCUAGACAUUUAGCUUCAGGGGAUCUUGGAAAGCGCUAUCAACAUAUGGCAAGCGCUAUCAAAGUGUAUCUCAAGGAAGAUGAAACGUGGAAAAGUGAAAGAGUCACAUUUGCCAAAUACUACAAGGAUCUCAUGGCAGAGGAGAUUGUCAAGGCAAUGGAUGAUCGGGACUCACUUCGGCUUCGAUUGGGCUGCAUAAUCUCUCAUAAAGGCAAGAAUUCAGAUACUGAUCCGUAUCGGGGAAUUUUUAUUAGAGAGACAGAUCAUCCAUGGACAACAGAGGAGGAGACGUAUGUUUUUACCGCAGUAUGUCCGGCAGAGAGGAGUAAAGACGGCACCGAAAAACAUGUCUCUUUAGAGGUUGAGUUACGGGGCUCGCCACAAAGACGCCCCGUACAGUUGGUUAUCAAACGGUGGAUCAAUGGGCUGUUCUUUUUCGAUGAGUCCAGUCCGAUCACCAAUGUUGUGUUUCCAUGGCCUGCAUCUCUACUGGUCAUAAUGAAUGCAGAAUCUGGACUUAGGAAAUAUUUUCUCUUGGACACAGGCGCAUUAUCUCUCGGCCUGUACCCAGGGCGCCAUAACAUGAAAGAGAGAAGGUGUUUGGGACAGGAUAACGAUCACCCCAAUCGAGUAAGGUCCCAUCAGUCAAACCAACUUCCGCUGCUCCUCCACACUUCUUCUUCUCCAAUAUCUCACCGUCUCACUCUCAUGGCCGGAACCAAACGCUCCUGGGAAGGAACCCUCCUCCGCGAUAAGGACACGCAAGCGGAUACGGCCGACGUCACGAUGAGCGACCAAUCGAGCCAGAUUCUGUCCAUCUUUGGGACGUUCCGCGACGAGCUGGAUGAGCAUCAUGAUCGGCGGGAGAGAUUGACGAAGAUUAGUCGGGAUAUUACGGCGUUGAGCAAGAAGAUUAUCUUCUCUUUACAGCGAGUCCGCACCCUUAACGCCCCCCUCCCCCCAAACAUCACCAAAGAAACCACCUCCCGAUUCGCCCAAAUCACCGAACUCUUCAAGACCGCCCUCCCAGACAUCACUGCCCCACUGCACAAACACCGCUACGCGCGCCAAAUCAGCCCCGGCCUACAAGAGUUCAUCGAAGCGCUCUCCUUCCACCACUACCUCGAGACUCAAACGCUCAUCACAAUCGACGAGGUGCGCGCGCGGCUCCUCGACGGUGCGGUGCCCGUCUCCGAGGAAGACUACCUAAUGGGUGUGUUCGACCUUACAGGCGAGAUGAUGCGGUUUGCCAUUACGUCCUUGUCAAGUGGGGUCAUCGAGCGGUCGGAGGCGGAGGCUGAGUCGAAUAUUAUGUAUCCGCGUCUGGCGGCGCCACAAGCGGGGAUCGUGUUCGACCUGCGCGAGGUGCGGUCGCUGGCCGAGGCGCUGAGUGUCCCGCGGAAGCAUGGGUGGAUGUUUCGCGAUCUGCACAAGAAGGUCGAGGUCAUGCAGGCGAGUGUCGAGAAGGUGGAGCGGGCGGCGUAUGGGGUUCUGGUGCGUGGGAGUGAGAGGCCAGCGGGGUGGAUGCCGGAUUUGAGCGCGGAGCAGGUGGAGGUUGCUUGAUUAAACUUGUGAGUAUAUGAAGUGGGAGAACGGGUUCAGGGACAUGAUAUGUACGCGUGAUGAGAAAGUACUCAUGUGACGAG